GGAAAGUCUUGAUUAUUUAUGUAUAUGUCGUCUGUCUAUGCAGCAUUGAAAUAACCAGAGACUCUAAAGUAACCUUAAAAAUUGAAAGGCGUCUGUUUGGCGAUUGUUACAAGUAGAACAAUUUUUUGUUAAGAAUGGCUAUGACUAAACCAAAAUCUGAAAUGACUGCUGAAGAGCUCCAAGCGAGGGAGGAGGAGGAAUUUAAUACUGGCCCCCUAUCUGUAUUGACACAAUCAGUUAAGAAUAAUACACAGGUAAUGAUCAAUUGCCGCAAUAAUAAGAAGCUAUUGGGGAGGGUGAAGGCAUUUGAUAGACACUGCAACAUGGUCUUAGAGAAUGUUAAAGAAAUGUGGACAGAACUUCCAAGACCGGGAAAAGGAAAGAAGAAAGCUAAACCAGUAAAUAAGGAUAGGUUUAUCUCAAAGAUGUUCCUGAGGGGCGACUCUGUGAUCAUGGUGGUCAGAAAUCCAAAUACUAUCGCUAAUUGAUUAAAUGUCAGAUAUAUUUUGAUUCAACGAGUUUGCAUUAUGAUCUAACCUCAGCAUAUUGUAUCUGAUUGAAUUGAACUUAAUCCAAUCUAUUUAGCGUAAGCCUGUGUAAUGUAUAAAAUGAAAAGUUGCGUUACAAAAUGCUGAAAAUGUUUGUGAUGAAAUGUUCCAAUUUUUGUUUAUGGAAAAAAAUUUCUAUUUCAAUAAAUUUUCAUAGGUUUUUCAAAAA